AUGGACUCUGGUCUGAACUCGAUCUUGCACUCCGGGUACCAACAUCCCGUUACCCGGGCGUGGCAGAAUCAGGGUCGCAACAUCACCAAGUCGAUGUUCAUGUACCCCAUCUUCAUCACCGAUGACGAAGAUGCGCAUGUUCCCCUUGAGUCGAUGCCCGGUCAAUGCCGAUGGGGUGUCAACAAGCUCGAAGGCUUCCUUGCACCUUUGGUCAAGAAGGGCCUUUCUUCGGUCAUUCUCUUCGGUGUCCCACUCAAGACUCCCAAGGAUGAGCAAGGCACCCUCGCCGACGACCCGAACGGACCCGUAAUCCAAGCGAUCAAAGUGCUCAGCAAAGCCUUCCCCUUUCUCUACAUCGCCACCGACGUCUGUCUCUGCGAAUACACCUCCCAUGGUCACUGCGGUAUCCUUCAUCCCGACGGAACCAUUAAUAAUCAGCCUUCCGUCGAACGUCUCGCUCAGGUCGCAGUCAACUACGCCAAAGCCGGAGCACACUGUGUAGCCCCUUCCGACAUGAUGGAUGGACGUAUCCGUGCCAUUAAGAAAGGCCUUAUCGAUGCUGGAUUUGGUAACAAAGUCACCCUAAUGGCGUACAGUGCCAAGUUCGCCAGCAGUCUCUAUGGUCCUUUCCGUGAUGCAGUGGACUCUGCACCUUCAUUCGGCGAUCGAAGAUGCUACCAGCUUCCACCUACCGCAAGGGGUUUGGCUCGACGUGCGAUUGUCAGGGAUGCGUCGGAGGGAGCGGAUGUGUUGAUGGUGAAACCGACACUACCUUAUUUGGACAUUGUUGCGGAGGCGAGGGAUUUGGCACCGGAUCAUCCGUUGGCUUGUUACCAGGUCAGUGGUGAGUUUGCUAUGAUUCAUGCUGGUGCGAAAGCAGGGGUUUAUGAGUUGAGGAGAAUGGCGGAGGAGUCGGUUCAGAGUAUGGUCAGAGCUGGUGCCAACAUCAUUUUGAGUUACUUUACUCCUGAGUUCCUUGACUGGCUUGAUGAGCCUACAAUGCUGUAA